GCGCAUGCGCGGUAGAGUCUGUCUGCACAGCGCUUCCUAAACACAACGGAUUCAAACUCUUGCGGAUGCUGAUUGACAGCUGUCAGAUGCUGAUGACGUCAUGACGUCGUCCUCUGAGGUGAACGUCCACAUGGAGGAGGUGGUGGUGGUCACGACCCCCGACACCGCGGGUCAGACUUCAUCCGCCGAGGAGGAGAAGAAUAUACUGGUUGUGACGGAUCUAGAACAGUCUGGGGAAAAUAUUAUGGAGCAAGCCAUGGAGUCCGAGGCUGAGUCUAGUGCCACCAUCUCCCUGCCCAAGAACACUGUGUUGGUGAAAAUAUCUGAAGAUACAGAUGUAGAGGGUGAUAUUCUCUACCCAAUAACCUGUGGAGACAGCAAAGCCAACCUCGUAUGGAAGAAGUUUGUGUGUCCUGGGAUCAACAUCAAAUGUGUGCAGCUGAACGAGCAUCUCAUCAGUCCCAAGGAGUUUGUCUAUAUAGCAGGAAAGUCCACGCUGAAGGACUGGAAGAGAGCCAUUCGCCUCAAUGGGACCAUGUUAAGGUUUGUGGCAGAAGAAGAAUAUAAACCAGAAAUACAUCCCAGCCUGAACGAGCAUCUCAUCAGUCCCAAGGAGUUUGUCUAUAUAGCAGGAAAGUCCACGCUGAAGGACUGGAAGAGAGCCAUUCGCCUCAAUGGGACCAUGUUAAGGUUUGUGGCAGAAGAAGAAUAUAAACCAGAAAUACAUCCCAGCGCUGGCAGUUUUUAUAGCAAUUGCUGUUUCAAACAAAUGCUGGUUAAAGAUGCUGCUCUGCUCAACAAUAUAGUCCAGAACUUCGGGAUGUUGGACCUGGUGAAGAAAGUUCUUGCCAGUCACAAAAGCCAGAUGGACCGCUGUAGGGAGCAGUACACACGCAGCUUAGUGGCCCUAGAGCAACAGUGUGACGAGCAUCGCAAACGCGCCAAAGAACUGAAGAGCAAAUCCCAGCACCUCAACAACGUCCUGAUGACCAUGACCCCCGUGACCUCGCCUCCCACUGCCAAACGCCCCUGUCUGACCCGUGCCGUCUCGGGUCCCGCCACCGUGGCUGCCACGCCCGCCCAGCCCAUGCACUUCACCCUGCCCAUCACGCAGCUCGCUGGCAUCCCGCUGGACAAAGUGCUGUCCGCUCAGACUCAGUCACCCCUGAUCGGCGGAUACACGGUGCUGACAUCACCCGGAGGGACCGAACUCCAGUCUGAAGGCUCUAAUUUAACCGUGUUGAGCACCGCCGCGGUUCCGCAGGGGUCCGCGGCACCCACUAUCGUCAAAGUGGUCAGUCCGUUUCAGCUGGUCACGUUGCCCGCAGUGGGAGCUGGAGCUAUGGUGCAGAACCUGGCAGCACCAGUAGGGGGCGCAGCAGGCGGCACUGUAGUCGCGGUACCCGUAAGCACAGUCAGCGGUGUCAGUAGCGUAAACACUGCCACUGAGGAGACCGUUGGGCCGCAGGCAGAAGCGGCUACAGAACAGAGAGAUGACCAGUAGGAGUGAAAUUCUGAAUCUGUGAAGUUCAGAUUUGAUGUCAGUGUAUUGUAAAAUUUGUAUAUAGAUGAUGAACUUUUUUGCAUUUUUAUGGUUAAUUUGAAACUUUUUUUGCUAAAACAGCCAUGUUAUUGUAAUGAAUGUCAGUUGUUGCAUUGCAUUUGAUUUAAUUGUAACCUAACUGCAAUUUGGUGAAAUAUAGGCUGAAUUGUUUAAAGCAAUAGUUCACCCAAAAAUUAAUCAUCAUUUACUC